CCUAGUAGUGUUGCCUUCCACGUCAGGAGGAAUCGUUCCGUGCCCGGUCUGGCGGCUCUCGUUCCUGACCUCCGAGGAUGGCGGAGCCUCUCGUCACAUUUUGGGGAAUGACGCGGGCAACGUGUACUCCAAUACAGUUUACAGCCUUGAAUUGGCAAAGAGAGAUUCUGGUGCACCGGACAAGGCCAACAGCAACCAGUACGUCAUCAAUUUCUCCACGGCGGCAACGAAGAGCAACACAGCAUGCCGCGGCUCACCCAAAGCCAACAAAGCUAGCAUGUACCAGCGUGUGCUCGGGUUAGCCUUAAAGAAAAGCGCUCGUUCUGACCACACGAGUGCUAGUACUAGUGAAAGUCUAUCAGCCGAGGCGAUACAUGAUGAUUCCCAUGACAAUCGUUCCCCGGCCAGUGUAGCGACUUUCACUAGCUGCAAUUAUAGCGAACAAACCACUGGCCGACCCAAACUUGUAACUGGAGACACUGAGGAGACUCCAUGCAGCCUCAGCGGUGACAGUAAGCACGACGCUGACAUCUACGGCAAUGAGAGUGGUGAUGACAGUGAUGUGGAUGGCAAUGUCAUCGACGCUGACAUCUACGGCAAUGAGAGUGGUGAUGGCAGUGAUGUGGAUGGCAAUGUCAUCGACGCUGACAUCUACGGCAAUGAGAGUGGUGAUGACCGUGAUGUGGAUGGCAAUGUCAUCGACGCUGACAUCUACGGCAAUGAGAGUGGUGAUGACCGUGAUGUGGAUGGCAAUGUCAUCGACGCUGACAUCUACGGCAAUGAGAGUGGUGAUGACCGUGAUGUGUAUAACACGUGCGUCAACGACAGCAGCGGUGCAGGUGCGAGUAAUACCAUUGGUGGAAACGGGAUUACAGAGAAUAUAUAUCAAUGUGGUGAAGUUGCAAGUUACAGCGACAACGUUGCAGAGAAUGUAUAUCAAUGUGGUGAAGUUGCAAGUUACAGCAACAACGUUGCAGAGAAUGUAUAUCAAUGUGGUGAAGUUGCAAGAGACAGCAACACCAUUACAGAGAAUGAAUAUAAGUGUUAUGAAGGUGCAAGUGAUCCCAUUGCUAGAAAUGCGAUUGCAGAGAAUGAAUAUCAAUAUUAUGGUGAAAUUACAAGUGGCAGCAAAGCAAUUGCAGAGAAUGAAUAUAAGUGUGAUGAAGGUGCAAGUGCUACCAUUGCUAGAAAUGUGACCACAGAGAAUGUAUAUUAUCAAUAUGGUGAAGUUGCAAGUGGCAGCAAUGCGGUUGCAGAGAAUGUAUAUCAGUGUGAUGAAGGUGCACGUGAUACCAUUGCUAGAAAUGUGACCACAGAGAAUGUAUAUCAAUAUGGUGAAGUUGCAAGUGGCGGCAAUGCGGUUGCAGAGAAUGUAUAUCAGUGUGAUGAAGGUGCACGUGAUACCAUUGCUAGAAAUGUGACCACAGAGAAUGUAUAUCAAUAUGGUGAAGUUGCAAGUGGCGGCAAUGCGGUUGCAGAGAAUGUAUAUCAGUGCAGUGGAGAUUCAAGUGACGCUGGUGUUAGAAAUACGUAUCGUAACUUCCCUAAAAGCAGCCCAAAUCGCAGUGGCGCUGUGCAGACUUCUCCUCCCGCUCGGCAGCAGGUCGAUAACAGCACUCGACAGCAUCAGACCGUGUCUAAACCUCAGUUACCUUCAAGUGCGCGGCCCUGUCUAGCAUUUCCGCCAGUGCAGCCCAAAUCUCCACAACCGGGUGUUUAA